CUGCGUCUCUCUAUAUAAUUCCCCUGAGCCAAGCUUCCUUUUCUUUCCAAUACGUCUCUGUCGGCGAACUCGUAUAGCGUCCAAAUCAUCGUGAUCACCAUGGGCCAGUUGACCGCCGUGAAGCCGAGCCGGAGCGACGAGGUACUGGACGCUAACGAGCAAGCCCUGAUCACUGAGCAGGUCAAGGCCAAGUUCGAUUCCAUGGCCCCCAAGAGGCCCGCCAAGCCCUGCCGGAGCGAACCCGAGUCGCCGUCUCCGGCAUCUUACUUUUCCGGUGCGAAUCUCCCUCCGCCGGAGUUCGAGAAGCUCCGAUCGCUGCAAUCUCAAUCUCAGGGAAUAAUUUCGGGUUCCAAUACCGCCGCUGACGAGUUCGUGGAGACCCAGUACUACCAGCAAUUGGAUUCUAUCGACAAACAACACCACACCACGGGGAGUGGGUUCAUAAAGGUAGCCGGAGGCGGCGCCGGAGACGGUUACGGUCUCCGGGUGGAGAGCGGCGGCCAUGAAAAUGGAGAUCGUAGAGAGGCGGUGUUCAGAACCAACCCUGCAACCAAUGACUGGGUACCCGCCAUGGAAGACGAUCAGAUCAGCUACGUUUCUGGGAAGCCGAGCCGGAGCGAGAGUGAUUAGGUCGCCGGCGGCGACGGAGGAGAGAACGGAGUUAUGGUUGUUGGAAUCAACGGAGACGGAAGGUGGUGUGGAUAAGGAUGUGUUUGGUGGAAAGAUUAAAGAAUUGGCUGGGUGACUGACUCUUUAUUUUAAUGCUUUAUGCACGGACUUUCUUCAUCCCCUGUUGUUAUCCAUAAAUGAUUCAUUGUUUCCGCUCUUAAAUUAUGGAUGAAUGGUUCUGUUUGGUUGCCUAGAAAAUUGUACUGAAAGCAAGCACUACUUUCUGCUCCCAUUGUCUGCCAAUGGAAAAUGCUAUUCGUAUA